AUGAACGCCAGCGUAAACAUCGAGAGGAACUCCUGGCGGCUGCCUCCCGACGAGACCGUCCAGGUCGCCGAUCCCCGUUCAAAGUCAGCUCAGGUAAAAGAGGAUCUAACGUACGGGGAGGGCGGCCACAACUGGCGGAGCAUAAUCUUUUCGCUGCUGGUCAUCGGCUUCGUUAUCGCCGGGAUCGUCACGGCCAUUUACCUUCUCGGGUACGUCGACGAGCUGCUGUACUGGAGCGGCAGGCGUCUCACGUUGGACGAGUGCCUUCGCGAUGACCUGACGCCGCACAGGUUAACACCGACCUGGAUCUCCCACGACAAGUUUGUCUAUCAAGCCGACGACGGUUCCCUCACUCUCCUGGACACCAGCAACAAUUCCGUGUCCCUUCUUGUCUCCAAUCACACGCUCAGACAGCUGAACGUUCAAGGCUACCAGUGCAGCGCUGACCUACGUUACGUGUUGUUCAAGCACAAUGUCAAGCCGGUGUACAGACAUACCUUCACCGCUUUCUAUACAGUCUACGACGUCACGAAUGACCAUCACACACCGCUCCGGUUGCACACGUCGCGAAGGAUGCAGCAAACGCGAUUGCAACACGCCGCCUGGCUGGGUAACACGUCCGGUCUCCUGAUGGUAUCCGAGAACGAUAUUUACGUGAGAAUGUCACCGUCCGCGGCGGAGGACUCACGACUGACCGACACAGGUGUCCCAGGUGUGAUCUACAACGGUGUCCCCGACUGGUUGUACCAAGAAGAGGUGAUGCCACGUCCAGAGGGUGCAUGGCCUAGUCCCGACGGCACGCAUCUUCUCUACGCUUCGUUCAACGACACCAAGGUCACCGCUUUGGAGUUCCCGUGGUUCGGUACUCAACCAGGUCACGAUGGUCCGAGCUCCAGUCCGCUGACCGCACCCAGAAGAGGCACUUUCCCGCCCUCGAAAUCCGUCAGAUACCCUACUCCAGGCUCGUCCAAUCCGGAGGUCGAUCUGUGGUUACUGGAGCUUGUGAACGUGACCAGCCCGACGAAUGGGACUGGGAACACGACGACGGCAUCCAAGACUAAACUGAAGCCACCGCCUGCUUUGGAUGGACAGGAGUACUACAUAAUAUCCGCUGGCUGGGUGGGCGACAACUCCAGCCACGUCGCUGUCGUCUGGAUGACGAGAUCGCAGAAUCUUUCUGUGGUGUCCGCCUGUCGUUCACCGUUAUGGGAAUGCGAGGAGACACAUUCGGAAAGAGCGCCGGAGGGACAGUGGCUUGACGCUCAACCUCAUCCUCUUUUCGCCCCGGAUGGCGACAGUUUCUUACUGCUGGCCGCCGUCCAGGAGGGCGACAAGGAACACUUCACCCACAUCAAACACGUAACCCUGACCCAGCAGAGGAUAGCUGUACUGUCCCAUGGUCGUUACGAGGUGAGCGAAAUCCUGGCCUGGGACACCAAGGCCCACCUGGUGUAUUAUUUGGGCACCAGGGAAAGGAGACCAGGCCAGAGACAUCUGUACGUCGUACGUGAUCCAACAGCCGACGAUCCUCGACGCCUAGAACCCCUGUGCGUUACCUGCGACUUGGGCGAAGUUCUUUGGAGCAGUAGGUUUUAUUACACCAACUGUACGCACUUCAGCGCGUCCGUCAGUCCGCCGGUCCUAGACGACUCUCAGGGUUACUAUGUCCUUCACUGCGAAGGCCCGGGCCUUCCUCUAGCAGGUAUCCACCUGAUGACGUCCCACAAGAUGAUGCGUUUGCUCUACGACACCAGGAUCCAACGAGGGGACAAGCUGUCGCAGCUGGCGUUACCGACUAGGAGAAGUUUCGAGGUACCACUGCCACAAGGCUGGAAAGCACAGGUACAACUUCUUCUGCCACCCUCCUGGCGAGAAGAACUCAGAGACGCAGCGUUUCCGGUUCUCGUCGAGGUGAACGGUCGACCAGGAAGCGAAGCUGUCACCGAUCGGUUCAAGAUAGACUGGGGAACCUACAUGUCCAGUCAUAAUGACGUGGUCUACGUCAGACUGGAUGUACGGGGCGCAAGAGGUCAGGGGAAAAGAGAUCUGUUCAGGAAGAUCGGUGGAGUCGAGGUUCAAGACCAGCUGACCGUGCUCAGGCACCUCUUGAAGACGUUAAAGUACCUUGAUGUCACGAGGGUCGGUGUUUGGGGAUGGGGUUACGGUGGCUACGUGACGGCCAUGGUGUUGGGUAAUCAGGAGAACGUGUUCAAAUGCGGUGUAGCGGUGAAUCCGAUCGCGGAUUGGCUGUAUUAUAAUUCCGCGUUCACGGAGCGCGUUCUUGGCGCACCAGCCGAUAACUACAAGGGUUACGUGGAGGCUGAUCUGACUCAACGAGCCAGGCUGGUACCGAGCCACAGCCUCUACCUUCUUCAUGGUCUAGCUGACCUCACAGCGCCUUACACGCACGGCGUCGCCUUUGCUAAGGCUCUGUCCGAAGCGGGAAUCAUCUUUAGGUACCAGAGUUACGCGGACGAAGACCACGCCUUAGCAGGUGUGUUGGAGCACGCUUAUCGUUCCAUGGAGGACUUCCUCGCCGAGUGCCUCUCCCUGGACGCGUCCUAG